AUGACGUCCAGGCCACAGCCACGUCGUCGAGUGGUCAUCAAGAGGAAGGUGUCGUCCUCAACCUACGAAAGACACAAGGCAAAGAUGGAAAAUUUGGGUCUGGACCCAUCCGACCCUCUGCCGCCACAAUCAGAACAAUUUGUGGACUUGGCAGAGGAGGAGCUUGAUGCGCCAGAUCCGGAGUUGAGUCCUGCCAACAGUUCGCCGAAGAUGAUGCCAGCCGGUCGUGGCUUGCGGAUGUCCACAUCUUCGCCUGGCGGCCCUACUGUGCUUCCGCCGAAGGUCAAGGAAAGGAAGACAGUGAGUCUGAAGACGCGUACUUUGGAAGAGCAGAUAGUGGCCAAGAGGUACGAUCGUGCCCUGGAGCGCUUUGCGCAGCAGCAAGAAGAGUGGGAAAAGUUCCGGCAUCAUGCCUCUCGCAAGACCGGUAGGGACAAGGAAGAGCUCGUUGUGACACGGGCAGAGGAGUACAGAGAGCGGCUGGAGGUGAUGGAGCUGCUGGAUCGUGCAACGCCAGAGGAAAUCAAGAGCGGCGGUUUCAACUGGUACCAUUCUCUUCGCGGAGAGGGGACACGCUUCAUUCAGGUUGGCAAUAUGUUCUCUGGACUAUACUUGCCCAUGAAGUUGCACAAGGAGAACUUUGUACACGAAAUCAUCAGGAAGCCCCUGCUCGUGGAUCUGACGACGGCCAGGCACACAGCAGAAGCGAGUGGCAAAAAGAAGCCUCGAUCCUGGCGGGAUGAUGAGUACUUGCUGGCCAGGAUCCGGAAGUACGGAGCAAAGAUGAAGGAGAUGGCACCAGGACAGCUGGAAUAUGACGAGAUCAUGGAACCGGAGGUUAAGGCGCUGCGGCCUGUCGAGGCUGAGAUGCAAGAAGGCUUUGCGGAGGAAGAUCUUAUGGCAGCUCUGCUGGAAGAGGGCGCUGCUGACAACACCAUGCCGCUCGAGCAGGAGCCUUUGGCAAGCGCUGCCUUCGUGGCACCCAUUGAAGGUCCAAAUGCCGAGGCAAGCAAGAGUCCUUCCUGGUUGAUGCAGAUCUGA